AUGCAGUCAUCUCAGGGCCCUCCUGCUUCCGCAUCUAACCAAGCCCCCGAUUCACAAUCCUCGACCCUCAACGCUUCCAACCACAUCUACCACGACUCAUCCUCGGCCGACAACCGCAUCGUCCGCUCCAUCCCACCAUGGGUCCUCACCGAAGACGACAGCGACGAUGAGUCGGUCGACCAGACGCAGCGCCUACUACCUCCCUCCAAUGCUGUCCCCGCCUCUCAUCACUAUCUCCCCGCUCCGCCGACCCAGCACAAAGCCCCUGGCCGCAAAUGGGAUCACAUACGUUCUGCCGAGCCUCCUUUGCUGGACCAACCCAUAGACACCAACCAGCAACGAUGGAUUCCCUACAUGCUGUCAGGUCCUCAGCCAAGAGGUGUGCCUGGAGCCAGACUUGUGUCUGAAGCCUGGAUGGACGAAAACAUGCCCCAUCUCACAUCUGCUUGGCAUGCUGCUGAACCCGAGAAACCCGAGGAGAAAAUAAAAGGUCUGUGGCUAUUCACCCCGGAGAGACGGUCAAAAACUUUUGCGCACAUCAAGCGCAUCAUCCUUAAAAAUCCUUUUGUUCCCCUCGUCUUCCGUCUCAUUGUUCUGAGCUUUACUGUGGCCGCCCUUGGACUAGGUGCCAGAGUGUUCCACGAGGCCGACGCAGUCAAUCGCCAGGGUGAUGGUCCUUGUAGCAAGCGUGCCUCGACAUACAUGGCCAUCGUAUUGGACAGCGUCGCCGUGCCUUACAUUGGCUACAUCACAUGGGACGAAUAUCUGAGCAAACCGCUCGGACUUCGAAGUGCUACGGCCAAAGUUUCGCUCCUUCUGGUUGAUCUGUUUUUCAUCGUCUUCUACUCAUCGAAUCUCUCACUGGCUCUGGACGCAUUGGACGAUCCUCGGUGGGCUUGCUUCGAUCACAACGAAUCUCUCUUGUCAAAUUGCCCCGCUUCUCCUCGUAUAUGUCGGUCACAACAGGGACUAUCUGGCGUUUUGGUUGUUGCUUUGAUAGCGUGGCUUUUUACUUUUGUCAUCAGUGUCCUAAGAGUGGUAGAACGUCUUCGUUAG